GCCACCAUGUGGGAGCUUGUGACUCUCUUGCUGUUUACCCUCACCUAUUUCUUUUGGCCCAAGAGAAGGUCCCCUGGUGCCAAGUACCCCAAGAGCCUCCUGUCCCUGCCCCUGGUGGGCAGCCUGCCAUUCCUCCCCAGACAUGGCCAUAUGCAUCAGAACUUAUUCAAGCUGCAGAAAAAAUAUGGACCUAUCUAUUCCCUUCGUAUGGGCAGGAACAAAACAGUGAUUGUCGGCAACCAUCAGCUGGCCAAGGAGGUACUUAUGAAGAAGGGCAAGGACUUCUCUGGUCGGCCUCAAGUGGCAACCAUAGACAUCCUGUCCAACAAGGGCAAGGGCAUCGCCUUCGCUGACUACGGUGCACACUGGCAGCUGCAUCGAAGGCUUGUGAUGGCCGCCUUUUCCCUGUUCAAGGAGGGUGAUCAGAAGCUGGAGAAGAUCAUUUGUCAGGAAAUCAGUAUAUUGUGUGAUGUGCUGGCCACCCACGAUGGACAGAGCAUAGACAUCUCCUUUCCUGUCUUCAUGGCGGUAACCAAUGUCAUCUCCUUGAUCUGCUUCAAUUCCUCCUACAAGGAUGGGGCCCCUGAGUUGAAGAUCGUAGAGACUUACAACGAAGGCAUUGUAGAAGCCCUGGGCAAGGAGAACCUGGUAGACAUGUUCCCCUGGUUGAAGAUUUUCCCCAACAAAUCUCUGGAAAAAUUAAAGACCUAUGUUAAAUUACGAAAUGAUCUGCUGAAUAAAAUAAUUGGAAAUUACAAGGAGAAAUUCCACAGCGACUCUAUCACCAGCAUGCUGGACGUGCUGAUGCAAGCGAAGAAGAACGCAGAUAACGGCAAUGCCAGCCCAGAUCAAGACGCAGAGCUGCUUUCAGAUAACCACAUUCUCACCACCGUAGGGGACAUCUUUGGGGCCGGCGUGGAGACCACCACCUCUGUGGUCAAGUGGAUCGUGGCCUACCUCCUGCACAAUCCUCAGGUGAAGAAGAAGCUCUACGAUGAGAUUGACCAGAAUGUAGGUUUCAGCCGCACACCAACUGUCAGUGACCGUAACUGUCUGCUCCUGCUGGAGGCCACCAUCCGAGAGGUGCUUCGCAUCAGGCCCGUGGCCCCUAUGCUCAUCCCCCACAAGGCCAACGUUGACACCAGCAUCGGUGAGUUUGCUGUGGACAAGGGCACCCAUGUUAUCAUCAAUCUGUGGGCGCUGCAUCACAGUGAGGAGUGGCACCAGCCAGACAAGUUCAUGCCUGAGCGUUUCUUGAAUCAAGCGGGAACCCAGCUCAUCUCACCGACAUUAAGCUACUUGCCCUUCGGAGCAGGACCUCGCUCCUGUAUAGGUGAGAUCCUGGCCCGCCAGGAGCUCUUCCUCAUCAUGGCCUGGAUGCUGCAGAGGUUCGACCUGGAGGUGCCAGAUGAUGGGGAACUGCCCUCCCUGGAAGGCAACCCCAAGGUGGUCUUUAUGAUCGACUCUUUCAAAGUGAAGAUCAAGGUGCGCCAGGCCUGGAGGGAAGCCCAGGCUGAGGGUACCGCCUAA